AAAAUGGACUUGUUUAGCGAACUGAGAGAGCUACGAGGUAACCAAGGUAGAGAGGAAGAAGAGGGGGGGUUAUAUCUGUAGAGCCUAUCGCGAUGAUAGUACCGCCGGCAUUACAGGACUUGCCGGAAACGAUGACGCCUGAGAGCAGCACUAGGGACAACGGUGGCGACCACCAUAGUUCAUCAUCCAGCAGCUCGUCCUCUGAGGAGACACCCAGCCGCGAGGAAGGGACGGGGAAUGUGGUUAGCAAUGUCUCAGAUCUGCCUGUGAUUGGAGAGUGGGAAAGCAGGACAAUCACGGGCAGGCUGAGCAAUCUACGAAAGGUGCCCAAGGACCUGCCCACUGGAUUUAGAUUCAAGGUCGCGCUUCAUCAUGAAGUAGCAGACAAUGCGCCCUCAAUAAGUGGGUAUAGGAAACUGGAGGAGAUGGUGAAGGCGUAUCACAUCUCUAGGACGAUAUUGCUCUGGACUAACGCCGAACUACGAGUUGGCUCUGACGUAGUUAACGCCCAACAGUAUAAGGUUCAUCAUAGGCUUUAUGCUGUUGUGUGCGAGGUUGGAGGUGCCGGCGAAGGCGAUAGUGUUCAGGUCGCUGUUCCAAUGCCGAAGAGGCAAUUCAUCUUUGUUCGCGAUACGCGAACAGAGAGAAUAAGCAAUGACCUCGCUGCUCGGCUAUCUGAGUGGCGUGUGCCAAAUGCACACGUCAAUUACCCUCAAUUGCUGCCACGGGACACUAAUCUCAAGAAUCAACUGUUGGAACAUGCGAGGAGGGAAAAUUUGAUAGAUCUAGACGCCCUAGUUACCUCGGAGCAACUCGCCGUGUUCGGGUUUGUCGACGUGGCAAACCUGUUCACAAAAGUGAGCCCAGGGUUCCCGAGGCGCGCGGCGGGCAGUGCGCAACAAAGGCAGACGCGAUUUGACAAGUGGCCACCCCCAACGCCACAAUCACGCUGCUCGUCACACCGUGGAUCGAGCUCGGCGUCUAGGCCUCGCGCCGAUCAACGGGCUGAAACUGCUGCCCCAAGUGUGCGUCGGCUGCGCGCGAGGAGAUGGACAGUGAAGAUGAGCCACAGCGGAGCCUGCAUCUACGUCGGCCUCAGUGUCGGCGCCCAAGAUCGCGUAUCUGGAAGGCUUCAACUACGUGAAGCCGGCUGCCAGCCCACCAUGGUGCAAGGCAUGCAAAGCUUUGUGCCUCCCAUGGAUCGUCAGCGGGCAAGGACUUUUGUGCAGCAACAUGGCGGGCAGGUCGCCAUGGUCAAGCUGAUGGAUCGUUCAGCUAUGCGGUGGCGCUGUUUGAGAGCAAGCAGGGGGCUCGCUCUCAAAAUAACGAGCUCAGCGCCAACUGUAAAUGGUUGGCCGCAGAAAAGGCCAGCCCUGUGGAUGAUGUCAAUCGUCUGUAAGGUUCGGAGAUGGCCAAUCGAGCUGCUGCAGCGGAGAGCCGAGCAGACGAGCUCGCUAGUAGGAAUAAUCAGCUCAUGGAGGAACUGGAGUGAGCCCGCCCUAAAAGAGAAAGCGGAAUCCAGCGACAAAGGAAGAGGCCACCUGGUUGCCGAGGCCGACAGGAACCUCAAUGCAGCUGAAGAGGCCCUGAACGAACUGAAGACUUCUCAUGGGCGCUAUGUAAGCAUCGCCCGAGCUCAAGGGGUGCUGCAACAUCGUCCGGAUUUCCCAAUACGCGAGUUGGCGUUCUUCAACGGGGAGGACCUCGACGAGCAGGGUAAUAGCCUUUCUCCCCUUGCUGAUGCGACGGUGCGGUUGAGAUGGGAUCUCAACGAGGAAGGGGUACCUGUUUGGCCUCCUUCCAUCCUAGAGGAAGGGGAGGACCCAGCAGGCCUACCCACCUUCGACUCCUGGGUUGAAGGGGCUCCUGUAGCUGAACAUGAGCCAUCAAGCACCCCGCCCAAUUCGCAGCCCGCCAUGGUGCCGACCAGGUCACCCAUCGUUGCACCAGCUCCCGAGCCCGCCAUUCGCUCGCCUCCAGCUCGCUCCUCUCCUCCUACCGCUGCUGAUGCAUCUAUGCCCGUCGACCUAACGGAUGAUUAGAUUUAGGAUUUUUUCCUUUUGAUCUUUUGUAUUUUUUGUUUCUUUUCGCAAACAAUUGUAUCACAAUCUCUCAUACUAAAACUUGUAAUUUUUUUUGAAAAGAAAUACAAAAUUGGAGAUUAUAUCAAACUGUUUUUCUUUGUUGUAUUACAUGUACGGUUUACACUUCCACGAACAAAUUCGUUAAUAACAUAUACAUUAACUG